AUUCUUGUGUCUCCUUGACUUCACUCAACAGUUCACCUCUCAAGAAAGCCUUCAAAGGGCUUUUGGAGCCACAGCCCCACCUCCCGGGCGCUCCGUUUCAUCCGUCCCCGCCGCGCGGCCCGUUUGGCCGCCUCGGACCCCUGCCAUGAACGCCACACCUGGACCGCCGGUGGCGCCGGGCACGGUGGAGAUCGCCGGCGGGCCGAAGAUGAGUCGCAGCGAAGCGCGGCGCUUGAGGGAAGAGGAGGAAGCGGCCCGGGCGCGCUCCAACGCUGAAGCUUGGAGGCUCGGCGGCAAGGCCAAGGUCAACGAGGAAGGGCCUCAGGAGGAGGAUCCGAAGAAGGCGGCCGAGCGGGAGCGCUCACGUAGCCGGGAGAAGAAGGAGACCUUGGACCGCUUAGCCAAGAGCGCGGCUGAAAAGGCUGCCAAGGCGGCUGCUGCGGACGCGGAGUCCGCUGCGUCGCCCGAGGAGGCGGCUUCCGCGCCGCAGGCGCCGAAGCUAAGCAAGGCAGAAGAGGCCAAGUUGUUGAUGGCGAAGGAAAAGGAAAAGGCACGCCUCAAGAAGCAGGCAAUGCUGGAGGCCAAGAAAGAAGAGGAAAUGAAGAAGAAGAUGGCAAUCUUGGAGAAGGACCUCAACACGUCCGAGAAGCCGAAAUACAAGCGCUACUGACGCCGGUGCACAUUUUCGGGUAAAUCGAUGAUUUUUGGAUA